UCACCCUCCAUCCGUCUGUUGCAUUGUCUCAUUGGGGACGCAGCGAGCGGAGCGCAGCACCAUGUUAACUCCACUGGACAGGGAAGUGUAUAGGAGACAUGAAAAAGGACAGUGUGAGACUGGAUUAAUAUGAGACAUGGCUGGUUGAUGUUACUUCACUGUACCGGUGGAUUCAUUAAUUCUAGUCUUGUGGCCGUCAGCGAGGCUGCGUACAGCUGUAGGCUGCAUGGCACGUUAGAGAGAUGGUGAGGAUUAUAUUGUCGUUAUUGCGUUAAUUCGAGGCGCUACUAUGUUGCUGUCUGUCGUCUGGACUCGCGUAGCUCCACUCGGAGCAGGAGCUUAGCCGGUACAUUUCUCUCAUCGAUAGCGCGACGCGACAACAGAGGGGUGGUCAGCGGUGCGCCUCGACAAGGAUGGCCGUCCGCCGCGGGUGCGUGAACUCGCUCUGGUCGGGCACCGAGCGCGUCCGCAUCGGAGAGCGCCUCAAAGCGACGCUGGCCGGCGUGCUGGAGCUUGAGCUGCUCAGGUGCAAACACCUGGAAAUGGUGGACGCCGCGCUACAGGACCGAGCCUGCGCUGCCGCCAGCGCCAAAGAACCACUGGCGGCGAAGGAGGGCAGCGGAACCACGGAGAGCGUCGCCUCGGAUACCGAGCAUGGCUCUGCGACAUCCCGCAGGCAACAGGCUCCGUCUCCCUCGGAUAUAGUGAUAUUGCCCUGUCAGAGCAGCCCAGAGGACUGUGGCAGUAAUGCAGGGGAUGGGACGGUCCACUCCUCAUCUGGCAGGGGAGGUAACUCACGCUGGUCAACUCUGUCCUGGGAUGCCCCCUCUGACCUGCUCUCUCCCCCAACACCGGACUCUAGUGGUACUGUCCCUCUGGAUAGUGACUCCAGACCUAGUUCAGGUUUUUAUUCGGUGAGUGGGAGCUCUCUUUCGGACUCUUGCUACUCUGUGUCCAGUGAAGUUGCUCAGGGAGGAUCGGCGCCACUGACCAGACCCCUGAAGCUGUGGGAGCAGGUUCCUCUGUCUGUUGACAACACUGACAUCCUGUGGUCAGAAGGUGUAGUGCAGCAGCCUGCACUGCAGAACAGACAGGAAGAGGGUGAACCAACAGAAGAGACACCAGUGUCAGUCCAAAGUGACCUUGAAGCAACUGGGCUGAACUUUCUGUCUGACCUCUGCUCUGGACUCAAUGACUCCCUGAUUUCUGCACUGCUCCUGCUUCUUGACCCCACUUCCUCUUCCUCCACCUCCUCCCUUCAUCCAAAUCCUCAGCUAGAGCCUCGCUACUGCACAGACCUGGUGUCCCGUCGGACCAAAGAGGUGUAUUCCUACCCCAGCCCGUUGCAUGCCGUUGCCCUCCAGAGCCCCCUCUUCACCUCCCAGAGCCAGGAGCACUCAACCUCUCCAAGCCCUGAAUCGGUCCAACUAGAUGAACCACCAGAGUCCAACGCUGAUCCAACUCUGUCUCUCCGGUCUCAAGAGCCUGCUGCCCUGGCUUCCUUCACCCAGCUAGAGCAGUACAUCACUCGACUGGCUCGCAGGUAUCACAGUCGAGUAAUGUCCUCUGCCUCCGAUCUCAAUGUAGCUGCCACACCUGGUCCAAUCAUGAAGAGAGGCCUUUGUACCCCCGGCAAAAGUCAUGGUUCCACCCAGUCCCUUUCUGCCUUUGAAAAUCGCAAUACUCUUAGCAUCACCCCCUGCAAGUCACUACUGGGAAACUCAGCCAGAGUCAGCCUUAGCACUACUGGGAAAAAAGCCACGAGGAAUUCAAUCAACCUGGGUAAUCUUCCUUCAGCAACUGGAGAGGAUUUGAAUAUAAAUCUGCAUCUGAAUCUCAACUUGAACCUGACACCUGGUUUAAAUUCUAGCCAGGGACUGGCUGACAAUCCCAAAAAUGGCAGUUGUGGAGCUUUGAGGAGCGAUUUUGCUGCUGCUUCUGCUACAUCAUUCUCCUCUGCUAUACCCACCCCAGCACUUAGGACUCGUCCCCGCAUUUCAACAUGUCCAAGCAACCUCAGCCACCGCAGUUCCCUGGAGGUCACCUCAGGGUCUGGACCCAGUUCUGGAUUUGGGUCAUCUGCUUUCUGUCGCUCAUUAGACUGGAGCAGCGGUCCUCCACCUGAGACUGCACCGUCAGUGUUAGGUGCAAAUUCUGGAUCGGCUCCUAGUUCUCAGCGCAGCAGCUUGAUCCAAGAGUCGAGCUCCAGUCCCAAGUUAAGCGAAGAUUCCCCCAUGGUGGGGGAGAUCUCCCGCCUCUCUGGCCUCUCUAGGGCUGUUGUGGUUGGACUGAUGGAACAAGGUGUGGAGUUAGAUAUUGACUGCUUCCAAACAGAUACAGCAGGGGAGGUGAGGGGUCAUAGUAAAGCUCACCUGACAGCCCAGACUGAUCAAUCACGUGACUGUACUAGAAUAACUGACCUGACUCCCCAGAGACCAAUCCAGCUGUCUCUCAGUGUCACCCAUUCUCCACAGUCUCAGACCAGCCUUACCCCUCCUCUUUCACACUCCAACAGCCCCAUACAUCCCUAUCAGUCCAUCCAUAUUCCGUCUCCUCACUACUCCUCACACUGUCACUACCAGCAGAUCCCUUCCCCAUCCGACCUUCCCUCUUCCACAGCCUCUUCCCCUGCUUCCCGCCCUACCCCCAGGGGCCACUCCCCUCCUCGGCCUCUUCAGCCAUCCCCUUUAGGUGCCACACCGCUCUCUGUUUUCCGACGGGAUGCACCCUUCCAAUGCUCCCUGCCUCGCAACAAUACAAGAAGCUCUCCUUCGGAGCAUACUGGUAUCCAACCAAGGGGUGGAUCACUUCGACAAAGUGGGGGGGGAAGUGGCAGUGGCGGUGGUGGAUGGAAGAGGGUGGAAAGGGAGGGGCUUUAUAGAGGAAAGCACGCCUCCCACAAAUUGAUCAGGGCAGCCACAGUGAGCAGCUAUGCCAAGAGAGAGGACUAUAGUUCUGUUUGGGGUGAGGAGCGGGAGCAAUCAGCAGCCCAGACACCCAGGAAAACCUCUCACAAACUCUGGAAGGGAUUUGAGGGACGCCUUUGGGGCAAAGAGACUGAAAGCGAAAAGGAGGAGAUGGACAGAGCUGAGUAUGGCUAUGGUUGGAGGAGAAACAGCAUUGGAAGCUGGAGGAGGGAGCAUCGAAGGCUGAAGGCUUCAUCCAGCAGCAAUGACAAGAGGCCAAAAGUAGAGAGCUCCCCCAUCUUCUCAAGGAAGAGGGGCAAAGAAGAAGGUGAGAGGCGCAGUUCCAGCCUCAGGCUUUCAAGGAGAGCUUUAUUCAGGAGUGAGUCCCAAGGUUUGCUGGUGCCUCGUAACCACAGAGAGGAGCCUACAAAACGGGCACACUGGGUCUCCUCAGUAGAUGUGGGGCAAGGUGGUUUGUACAUCAGCAAAGAGGAAGAGGUCAGACUGCUGAGAGCAAAGGAGGAAGACAAACGCCUGUCAUCCACUGCUAGUCUCUUUAACUUGUCUCGUUCUCAGAGCCUGGAAGGCAGCUGCCAUUCCCUCUCCCCUCUCUCCUCUCCUUCCUUCUCUCCAUCCCCUCCUCCACGGAUGCCCCUCCAGCGGUCUCGAUCACUGAGGGACUUGGGGAGGAGAGUGUUUGGCUCCAUGAGGUCCCUGAGUCUGAAACGGAAGCCAUCCAAGAAGUGACACUUGUACAAUUAAUGAACAUCAUAGUGAAUGCAUCUUCCAUUCGUCAUGUUGAAAACACCAGUGAUGGUUGGUAUUAUAUUUCAUGUUAAAGGGAUAACUAUUUUUAAUUUUCAAAGACAUAUGGUUGAUUAAAUACAUUUACCGGUUUUAUAGCACGAGUCAUAAGAUAUCUGCCCUUCCUUUCAUUCACCACAAAUAUGAUGAAGUUCCUGUAAGGCAUAAAAAGUCUUUGAAACCCAAUUAUUACUUUUGUUUUUGGCUCAACUUUUUCAUUCUAGUAAAGUUUUUGUGAAAUUGGUAAGUGAAAUUUCUUCAAACAGGUUCUGUAGCAUAAUCAGAACACUUUGUAGACAAAUGAUCCAAAGAGUUUCCUGACUGACAUUGUAUUAAUGUAAUUUGUGCACCCUACAGCAGAAAGCAAGAACAAUUUAGGAUGCAUCAUUGGCCCAUGGAGAAAUGUCAGGUGGUAGUUUUAUUUUGGGGGUGAGGCAAAAUUCCUUUUAGGACCUGCAAAGAACUGCAAACCUUUUCUAAAACUUGAGUUUCAGUGGAGCUUUUCGUAGUGUGAAUGUUUUUAAGGAUUUGACAUCUACGCAAGAACACUACCGAAGGAUCCUUUUUUUGUCUUUUUGCUGAAAAGUGGUCUGAUUUAAAGAUACUGAAUAUGGACUCAUAAUGUUAGCUACAAGCAGCUUCAUUACAUAUUGAUUGAAUCCUCCUGUAACCAUGAGUGUGAAUGUGUAUGUGUACAUGCAUGCUGCUCUGUGACUUGUUCAGUAUCGCUAUUGUGAGAAUGUGAUAUUUCUCUUUGUUUAUGGGCAACAUUGCCUCUAAAGUACAAUCACAUUGGCCAGAUAAUGACCAAAACCAAGCAAAUACUCUUUAACUUGAUAUUGUGCUCAGGAUUUUCAGAUAAAUAUUGAAUGAUUAAAAUACUCACGAGUUAUUUGAGACAAAAUGUUCCUUCUCAUGGCUUAUGAUUAAUAAAAUAAACUUACGACUAAA